AUGGCAGACGUUGCGAAGGAUCUGACUGCUGGAACCAUUGGAGGAGCCGCGCAGUUGGUUGUUGGGCAUCCAUUUGACACCAUCAAGGUCAAACUUCAAAGCCAGCCGGCCCCACUUCCAGGCCAGCCUCCAAAGUAUGCGGGCGCCAUGGAUGCCGUUAAGCAAACAAUAUCUGCUGAGGGUCCGAGGGGUUUGUACAAAGGGAUGGGAGCCCCAUUGGCUACCGUUGCAGCUUUCAAUGCGGUUCUUUUCACUGUGAGGGGACAGAUGGAGUCAUUAUUGAGGUCUGAACCCGGUGCGCCACUUUCAGUGAACCAGCAGGUUGUCUGUGGUGCUGGAGCUGGUGUUGCUGUUUCCUUUCUAGCUUGCCCAACAGAGCUUAUUAAAUGCAGGUGAGUUUCCAAUGUUGGUCAUUGCCUUUGGUGAAAUAUGCCAUGUUGUUUCUCUAACUCUUUUUAGAUGUUUAAAUUAAUGACAUUUUUAUAUUAACUCCUCGGUUUAGAUAAUCUCAUUAUUUCUUUGGGGCUUCCUCUCUGUGCUCCACUUCUAAACGCUGAUAUAAUGCUAUAAAACUAUGGCACAUACCAUGUAUGAAUCUAGAAAUGGGAUGGCAAUAAGUAUGUGUGACAAUAGAUUGCGUUUCAUUACUGCCAGGGACACUAGUUCAUUUCCUCUAAAGAUUAAUUUACCACCAGUUCUCCAUUUGCUGAUGGAAGAAAUAUAGCAGCACUUGCGAAAUGAAACUGAUGGAGACUGGUCUCACUUUCCUGCUCUGGAUGUCCUAUGGUGGUGGGUUCAUGGCCUAGUCGAAUGUCCUCAUGUAGGACCUUGUUGGCAUACCAUUGUAUAGUAAUUUCGUCUUUUCAAACCCGGAACAUGGAAUGAAGGCCAGAAGAACUGUGCUAGUAGCUUCUUGCUGGGAUUUUUGCCUAUACUUAAUGGUUACUGUUUGGCAUCCAAUGAGUGAUUCCUGUUUUGUUCUAGUUCUUGCGGAACUCCCGUGCGCUAUGGCAUUCUUUCCGUUCAAGCUUUUCUAGUGUCAAUAUUCAUAUAGCAAAAUCAUUGCCUCAUCUGCAUUUGAUGCCUAGAUUCAUGAAAGGUAUCACAUUUUAGACCAUGCUCCUCGGAGACUCUUAUGCUCAAAAAACAUGCAAACAUUGGCUUAAUUAGACCAAACUACGCUUGAAUUUUCGUAUCCGAUGCCAUGUUUUUUUCCUCGAUCCAUGUUCUCAUCGUAUGAACAAACCCCGGCAGGCUGCAGGCUCAGAGCGCCCUGGCAGGCUCUGGGUCCUCCUCUACAGCGGUGAAAUACUCCGGCCCCAUGGACGUGGCGAAGCACGUGAUGAGGUCCGAAGGAGGCCUGAGGGGCCUUUACAAGGGCCUUGUUCCCACCCUCGGCCGUGAAGUCCCUGGAAACGCCGUGAUGUUCGGCGUCUAUGAAGCCAUCAAGCAGUUCAUUGCCGGCGGCGCCGACACUUCAUCACUCGGAAGGGGCUCUCUCAUGGCGGCCGGGGGCCUCGCUGGAGCCGCGUUCUGGGCCUUCGUCUACCCAACAGACGUCAUAAAGAGUGUUCUACAGGUGGAUGAUCACCGCAACCCCAAGUUCUCUGGAUCGAUCGACGCCUUCAGGAAGAUCUCCUCCUCAGAGGGCGUCAAGGGUCUAUACAGAGGCUUUGGGCCGGCCAUGGCCCGCAGCGUCCCUGCCAAUGCCGCCUGCUUCCUGGCCUACGAGAUGACCAGAGCCAGCUUGGGAUGA